UAACAUUAGGGAGGAAAAUGUUACUUUCCGUCCAGCCGCGGGCCGCCAUCGCCACAUUUGGCUACAAUAAGACCAGCAAGAAGCCUUAUGUGUCAGUGGCCCAGCAGAUGGCGCCCCCGAGUCCCAGCGGCAGCAACAACAACAGCAGCAGCAGCAGCAGCGGAGGCGGCGGGGGAGGCGGGGACCAGCUGAGCAAAACCAACCUGUACAUCCGGGGCCUGCACCCGGGCACCACCGACCAGGACCUCGUCAAGCUGUGCCAGCCAUACGGCAAAAUCGUUUCCACGAAAGCCAUCCUGGACAAGACGACCAACAAGUGCAAAGGCUACGGCUUUGUCGAUUUCGACAGCCCCACGGCGGCGCAGAAGGCCGUGACGGCGCUGAAGGCCAGCGGGGUGCAGGCCCAGAUGGCGAAGCAACAGGAGCAGGACCCCACGAACCUGUACAUCUCCAACCUGCCGCUCAGCGUGGACGAGCAGGAGCUGGAGGGGAUGCUGAAACCCUUCGGACAGGUGAUCUCCACCCGCGUCCUGCGCGACCCCAACGGCACCAGCCGCGGCGUCGGCUUCGCCAGAAUGGAGUCCACAGAAAAGUGCGAAGCCAUCAUCACCCACUUCAACGGGAAAUACAUCAAGACCCCCCCAGGGAUCCCAGCCCCCUCAGAUCCGCUGCUUUGCAAGUUUGCCGACGGGGGGCAGAAGAAGCGCCAGCCGCAGGGGAAAUACGUGCAGAACGGGCGGGCCUGGCCGCGGGACGGCGACUCGAGCGGCAUGACCUUGACCUACGACCCCACCACGGCUCUGCAGAAUGGGUUCUACCCGACCCCCUACAGCCUGGCCCCCAACAGGAUGAUGGCUCAGACCACGCUCGCCCCUUACCUCCCGUCACCCAUGUCCUCCUACCAGGUUCACAGCCCGUCCUGGAUGCACCAUCAGUCGUACCUCAUGCAGCCCACGGGGACGGUGCUGACGCCGACCAUGGACCACACCAUUUCCAUCCAGCCCGCCUCCAUGAUGGGCCCACUGACCCAGCAGCUGGGCCACCUCUCCCUCAGUAGCACUGGCACGUACAUGCCAGCGGCAGCAGCUAUGCAAGGAGCUUACAUCCCUCAGUACACGCCCGUGCCUUCCUCCAGCAUCUCAGUUGAGGAGAACAGCGGCCAGCAGAGCCAAGUGGCUGUCGAGUCUCCGUCAGAUCACGCUGCCUACUCCUAUCAGUACAGCAAGUAACUGCAGCUGGACCAGGCGUCUCUGCUCCGAGCGCUCGCCCCGAGGGAGAUCGCCACCUCCUCUUUGAUUUGUGCUGCAUCUAGAAGAUCGAAU